AUGCCCCCCUUUGAAGAAGAGGGGGUAUAUUGCUUUGCUCAUGUCGGUCGGUCGGUCUGUCGGUCCGUCCACCAGGUGGUUGUCAGACGAUAACUCAAGAACGCUUGGGCCUAGGAUCAUGAAACGUCAUAGGUACAUUGAUCAUGACUCGCAGAUGACCCCUAUUGAUUUUGAGGUCACUAGGUCAAAGGUCAAGGUCACGGUGACCCGAAAUAGUAAAAUGGUUUCCGGAUGAUAACUCAAGAACGCUUAGGCCUAGGAUCAUGAAAAAUGAUAGGUAGAUUGAUCAUGACUCGCAGAUGACCCCUAUUGAUUUUCAGGUCACUAGGUCAAAGGUCAAGGUCACAGUGACCCGAAAUAGUAAAAUGGUUUCCGGAUGAUAACUCAAGAACGCUUAGGCCUAGGAUCAUGAAACUUGAUAGGUAGAUUGAUCAUGACUCGCAGAUGACCCCUAUUGAUUUUGAGGUCACUAGGUCAAAGGUCAAGGUCACAGUGACCCGAAAUAGUAAAAUGGUUUCCGGAUGAUAACUCAAGAACACUUAGGCCAAGGAUCAUGAAACUUGAUAGGUAGGUUGAUCAUGACUCGCAGAUGACCCCUAUUAAUUUUCAGGUCACUAGGUCAAAGGUCAAGGUCAUGAUGACCAGAAAUAUUAAAAUGGUUUCCGGAUGAUAACUGAAGAACUCUUAUUCCUAUGUGUAAGGUAAAAAUGAAAUUCCUAUAUAUUUAUACCAUGUAUUUAUGUUUGAGAUUCAUCCGGCCAGAAAAAGAUGCCCGUUCAUUAUUCUACAGGCCUGACGUUGAAGAAAGACACUAUGAACAAAGAGACCACUGCUUCAAUCAAAACUGCAGAUACCUUCUAUAAAAAGUUCAUAAUAAUACGAAUUGCCUCAGCAGUGUCUGUGGUCAUUAUUGCAGCAUCGCUGUUGAUAUACCUCUACAGGAAAUACAGUCAUUUGUCAGAUGCGUUUGUUUCCAUCGUUGCACCAGUUCAUGCUACCUCUUGUACAAACGAGAACACAAAUGCGGAAGUGUCUGAUGUCGUAGAAGAAAACAGACAAUUGACAUUUACGAAGCAUCCCCAUGACAGUUUUUUUCGCCGAUUGCCGACAGUUUCCCUGUACCGCAAGGCGCAAAUAUUUGACAUAUUUGUGCGGAUUCUGGCAGUGAAUCAAGCAUUGGAAGUGUCCAUUAUUAUGACACCGUCCGAGAUUCCAAGAAUGUCGAGGAAUCAUCAUCUAGCGAAAUAAAACGGGCUUCUACGAGAGUCUUGCUGGAAAGGGACCUAAUGGACAAUCACAAUACACCGCCAACGCUAGCAGCUUUUGUUCAAAUUAGCAUGCACAUUUCAAACAAGCGUCUGUGUCACUGUGAUGAGCAACACUUCAUGGACAACUCAGCAUUAUUGAAAAGAUCAAAGCAGGCUUAACGAUCAAGAACGCGUGUUUAUUUUAAACUUACUUAUUUUAGCUCGAUUGCAUAGAAAGUCUAAGGCUUAUUUGAAACGCUCUCGAGUCCGUUUCCUAAGACUAGAUACAGUACUUGGUUUCAAUGGAGGAAACGUUGCGAACUAACAUAAAAAAAUAAUAUAAAUGAAAACGUCUUAAUAAAUAUAGAUGGAUACUCUCUAGGUCAAUAAAAAAUGAUUGAGACAAAAACUAUACGCCUCUGAUUAUUUGACUAAUACGUGGAUUUGUCGAUUUGUUCGUAAAAAUCUUAUACAAGUAUAUUAAAACUACAUAUACACGCGUUUAUGAAUUAAAAAAAAACAUGAUCUGUGUCCAAUGGUUAAUCGACCAGCAUCAAAAGUGCAUAUUCGCCACAACUUAAGCUGCGAUCCGUAUAUGACCCAUUUGCUCCUGUUUACGACGAUUAUUGUUCCAUUGUUCUUCAUGGCUGUCUUUUAAUACUUGCAUGAAUCAAUAUCUACAUAGUAAUUGUUUGAUGAAACAUUUAAACUUUAUCUUUCGCCAAAAAGCCACAUCGAUACAAUGCGCCUCUAAAAAAAAUGACCUUGUCAUUUGUUAAGGAUUAAAGCGAUUACAAUGAAUGUCACAGAUGACGAGUAUUGUUUAACAAAGGCUGAGUGUUGUUUGUUUUGGUAUCUGUGUGUGUACACUUGAUCAAGUCCAUAUUUUGAUUUAAAAACAGAUUUUCAACUUAUUUUUGUUUUUAAAACCAGUUAAAAUAUGUAUAUAUAGAAAUAUAUCUCAACAGUGAUAUAUUUAGAUGAUACG